AUGCUGGCAACAAACGGAAAUAAAUUUGAAGAUGGUCCCGUGAACGGAACCGCUUCACAUGCCGAUACCUCGGCGAAGGAGCGCUUCACAUUUAGCCCGGAGCCGAGCGUGGAGGACAUCCGUCGCUUGCAAGCAGAAUUCACCGACGAGCGUGACUGGAACAAGUUCCACCAACCUCGCAAUCUGCUCCUGGCAAUGGUGGGCGAGGUAGGCGAAGUGUCGGAGCUUUUCCAGUGGAAGGGCGAGGUGGCCGAGGGCCUGCCCGACUGGAGCGACUCGGAGCGGGAGCAACUCGCCCACGAGCUGAGCGAUGUCUUCAUCUACCUGGUGGAGCUAGCCGAGAAGUGCCGCGUGGAUCUGCCCCAAGCCGUGCUCCGCAAAAUGGCCCUGAACAGACUCAAGUACCCCGCCAGCAAAGUUCACGGCUCGGCAAAAAAGUACACUGAAUACAAGGAGUGA